AUGACGCGGGGUGGGGGGAAGGGGAGAGGGGGAGGAGGAGGGGGAAGGGAAAGGGGGACGGCGAGCCACUGCCAUUGGAUUUCGCCUCACCGCCUCGCUUCUGCCGCCCCACGCCUCGCCACCUCCGCCUCGCCGCCUUACGUCGUCACCUCCGCCUCCGCCUCACACUUUGCUUCUGCUUUCUUGCUUUCUGUUUCUGUUUGUGUUGGUGUUGGUGGUGGUUGUGGUGGUGGUGCUGGUGGUGGUUGUGGUGCUGGUGCUGGUGUUGGUGGUGGUGGUGGUGGAGGAGGUCAUUGUGUUGGUAGUGGUAAAGAUUAUGAUGGAUAA